UUCUAGGCGCAGUAAACACGAGGAGUCAUGUGACCCGAGUCGGAGGAAAGUGACAAUCACGGCGAUCAUGGCUGAGCGGACGCCGCUCCUGCAUUAUCGGCUCUCCGCCAGCGUCCACGAGUCCGGCGAGCACCGGGACAUCGUCGCUGGAGGAGAUGAGCUCGAGCACCGGAGCCCGGCGACCGUCCGCCGUUCCACCGCUAAACAGCCGCCGAAACUCAACACGUUCUUCGGCGUGGUGAUCCCGACACUGCUGUCAAUGUUCAGUGUGGUAGUGUUCCUGAGGAUAGGUUUUGUUGUGGGUCAGUGUGGUCUGUAUCAGACUAUUGCUAUGCUGCUGGUGGCUUAUUUCAUCAUCAGUAUGACGGUUCUGUCUGUCUGUGCCAUUUCAACCAAUGGAGCGCUGGACGCUGGAGGAGCGUACUAUAUGAUCAGUCGUGCUCUGGGUCCAGAGUUUGGUGGCAGUAUUGGCAUUAUGUUUUUUCUGGCUAAUGUGUGUGGCAGUGCCCUCUUUGUGCUGGGGCUGGUGGAGGCCAUUCUCGCUACAUUCGGAAUACCUGAAGGCGGCUCAGCGGUGUCUGCGUCUCAUUACGCUGUGUUGCCAGGAGGUUACUGGUGGUCGUUGCUUUACGGCACAGUGAUUUUGUUGCUGUGUUUGUUGGUGUGCCUGAUUGGGGCUCAUAUCUACGCUAAAGCCACCUUCAUCAUCUUCCUCAUCGUCAUGGUGGCUUUAGGCAUGAUCUUCAUCAGUUUCUUCGCUGUCGGUCCUCAUGUCAUCAAUCUGCCCGUCAAGAACGCGUCCAUCGGCCCGACACAAGCCAACUUUACCGGCUUCAAAUUAGAUACGCUGAUGGGAAACCUGGAGGCUGACUACACGGUGGACUACACUACAGAGAUGAUGAUGUCAUUUGCGACCGUGUUCGCUGUGAUGUUUAACGGAUGCACCGGGAUCAUGGCUGGAUCCAACAUGUCCGGUGAUCUGAAGAACCCAAGCUACUCAAUUCCUCGAGGCACAAUCACAGCCGUCAUCUUCACCUUCAUCAUCUACAACCUGCUGAGUUUACUGAUCUCCUGCACCUGUGACCGAGUCCUCUUGCAGAAGGAUUAUAGUUUUCUCAGAGAUAUAAAUGUCUGGGGUCCUCUCGUGACAGUCGGUGUUUAUUCCUCCACGCUGUCCGCUGCUAUGAGCAAUUUGAUCGGAGCGUCUCGAAUUCUGUACGCUCUGGCUCGAGACGAUCUGUUCGGACGAGCUCUGUCUCCAGCUAAACGUACAUCAGGCAGUGGGAAUCCCUGGACGUCUGUCCUCAUCUCUUGGUUUCUUGUGCAGCUGGUUUUAUUCUCAGGGAAGUUGAACACUAUUGCGAGUAUUGUCACUAUAUUUUUCCUGUUGGUCUAUGCAACUGUUGAUCUAGCGUGUCUAGCGCUGGAGUGGGCGUCCGCCCCAAACUUCAGGCCCACAUUCAGGUAUUUCACCUGGCACACGUGUGUUCUGGGGAUCAUCGGCUGUGCUGUCAUGAUGUUUCUUAUAAACUCCAUCUAUGCGUCUGCCAGCAUCGCCUUCAUGCUGUUGUUACUGCUGCUCAUUCAUUACCUGAGUCCCAUCAGCAGCUGGGGAUGCAUCAGUCAGGCUCUUAUCUUCCAUCAGGUGCGUAAAUACUUGCUAAUGCUGGAUGUUCGUAAAGAUCACGUGAAGUUCUGGAGACCUCAGAUUCUGCUGAUGGUUUGUAACCCCAGGUGCAGUGUGGGAUUGAUCACGUUCAUCAAUGACAUCAAAAAGAGUGGACUAUAUGUGCUGGGACACAUUCAGCUUGGAGAUCUGGACGUUCUCCCAUCAGAUCCUCUGCAGUCUCAGUAUGAUUCAUGGUUGUCUCUCGUGGAUCAUUUGAAUAUUAAAGCAUUUGUCAAUCUCACGCUGGCAGACUCCAUCAGACAUGGAGUUCAACACCUGCUGUUUAUUUCAGGACUCGGUGGGAUGAGACCCAACACUCUCGUUCUGGGUUUCUAUGAUGACGUCCCGCCUCAGGACCGACUCCAGGACUCUACCCUGUCGAUGAUCAGAACCUCUGAAAAUUCUGUUCAGGAUGAAGACCCGGAGGAGCACGACGAUCCCCCUUUCCAUUUCCCACCUGUGCGUGGGGGCGUGUCUGCUGGCAGGGACGGGAAAUCUCUCAGCCCUCAGGAGUACGUCUGUAUAAUCGCAGACGCGGUUAAGAUGCUAAAGAACAUCGCAUUGGCUCGAUAUUUCGGAGAGUUCGAUCGAACCCAAACUCUCCGAGGUCCCGUGUUCGUCGACGUUUGGCCGGUGAAUCUGCUGCGACCGGACAGCGCCGCGUAUGUGGAUACAUGCUCGCUUUUUUUGCUGCAACUAGCCUGCAUCCUUAACAUGACGAGGGCGUGGCAGAAAGCCAGACUCCGCCUCUUUCUCUGCGUGGAGGCGGGCCGGAGCAUCAAGGGGACGGAACGCAAGCUCGGACUUCUUCUGAAAGAUCUCAGGAUGAAAGCGGACAUCCGUACGGUCCCCUGGGACGAUCAAGUGGCCCUUCACUGGCAGCGUCAGACGCGAGUCGAAGAGGAGGGGCCGGAAGGAGAGGUGGGCGGAGUCGAAGAAGAGAAAGGGUACGCGAAUAGUUUCCAAAGCAACACCUCGCGAGUAUCGGACGAGUACUUGCAGGCAGUUAAUAAACUGAUCUUGGACCAGCCGCUCGGCGCGCCUGCCGUGCGUUUCCUCUAUUUGCCACGCCCUCCCGCGGACACCAGCCGUUACCCCGACUACUUGCAUCAGUUAGAUCUGCUCACGCGGGAUCUGGGCCCGACCCUCUUGAUUCACGGGGUCACACCUGUGAUCACCACUAACCUUUGAUCUUCAUCCUCUCAUAUUUGUACUGUAUGAUAACAUGAUCUGAUGUUAUGGUUACUUUAUCUUGUUUGACUGGUCUUAGUAUUUCACAGAUCAUAAACAGAAUUAAGUCCUCUUUUCCAUUUCUUCUCGUCUUCCUCUCAGGUGGAAAUCUAAAGCACAAUUUGAGUUCACGACAUUUCCACAUCUCUUCCUAAAUAUUCUAAGUUUACACGUAAAAUAAUCGGUACUAAAUAAUGUUUCCUGAAGACUAUAACUGGAAUAUUUAAGGAAGUUUUUAGUCACUCCAGAAGUAUUUUGCUUACUUCCAGAAGAAGUGUGUUUGUUUACUUAAAGCAAUAAUGAAAGUAUUUCAGCCUGACCACUGCGUUUUUAAGCUGUUUCUUCAGCCGGAUGGUGAUUUUAUUGACCAUGAAACCAAAGUGCUUUUUCGUUUGUGUGGGUCCACUUGUGCCUUGCUUUACAAAAUGCCUAAAAAACCACAAACAAACUUAAACUUUAUAAAAAUAUUGUGUUGUUUAAACCAUAAUUUGGGUUUUUUCAGAUUUGAGUUAAAACAACCCAACGUGUACAUUGAGUGUACAAACACAAUAAUAUACCUCCAGAUGGAUGUACGAAAAAAAAAACACUUUCAUAAUUGUAUUGUUUUAAUAUAAAUUAAUUUUAAGCACUGUAAAAUAUAAAUCUUUGUAAAGUAAUUGAUAUAAAUGAAUAAAUAAAGAAUGAUUGCUCUCUUAUUUA